AUGUCAGUCAGCUCUUCACAGCCUGACGAAAAAACCAAAGACAAAAAUGGAGUGGGGUUUGUGUUUCACAAAGACAUUGACCCAGUUACAGAUGUGAGCUUUGUAAGUGAAAGGAUAAUUAGAACAAGAGUGAACUUGGGAAAGAAUAGUUUUACUGUACUUAAAGUAUACACACCUCAGCAAGGGUGCAGUGAGGAAGAAAAAACGAAAUUACUUGAAGACCAAGUAAGAGAAGAUAACAUUAUGAUAAUUGGGGAUCUUACUGCUCAGAUCGGCACAGAUAGAAAUGGAUAUGAGGUGGUGAUGGGCACUUUUGGAUACGGAAGACGUAAUGUUGAGAGUAAAGAAAUUCUAUAUCUGUGCACAAGGAAUCAUCUUUUAGUGAUGAAUACAUUCUUCAAGAAACCAGGUAGCCAUAAGAUUACUAGGUAUGGCUGGGAUGGCAAAUCUAAGACAGUUAUAGACUAUAUAUUAAUGGACAAAUUAAUUGGAGGAAAAGUAAGGGGGACAGUCAUACCAAGUGAGCCCUUAUAG